GUGCGCCGAUCCACCUUUAGUUCGAUUUCGAACCUUCAGGUGAACGGUUUGGUAUACGUCUGGUAGUCUGUCUUGCGAGAUCUUUAUACGCCUAACGCAAACGCAAUUGCGCUGUUCGUUUGGAAUUUCUGUACGCAUUUAUCUUGAGCCUAGCUGCUUAGGAGUUGAACCGUGGCGAUUCGGAUAGACACAUUGCGCGCAGGUUUUGAGCAGAGCAGUGUGUGCAGAUUUCGGUUGUGCGCGCGCAUAUCAAUGAGGAGAAAGGCUUUCGCACCCCGGAGCCUGGCAGUGAAUUAAAAUAAGUGAAAAGUUCGAAUUUCAUCCACGUGUGAGAUAGAUAGCUGCUUGAAGAGUGCGUGCGAGGUGGCAAGAAGGGAUCGAACUGGAUCUUGCCGAAAAUUGGAUCAAGUGCAACUUUCUUCGUACUCUGGGAGUUGGAGAAUAUAGUGGUAAAUCGUGUUCUGUGUUUGCUGCAAGAAAGGGAUUUGCGAAGAAAUGCACUAUUGCUACCAGGAGUUCAUAACGAGUCGAAGCACCGCCAAGAAGUUUGUAAACAAGUGAAAGAAAGAAAAUUUGUGGCCGUUUUCGAGCGUGUUUCGAUCGGAGAACGAAGUGCGGUGAGCGAUCGGAAGCAAAAUAAAAACCGAAAUCGAGUGCUCUGUUGGAGAAUAACUGGAGUGAUGAUCAGAUUAGUUUCGUAAUCGAGUGAGAUGCGAAUGAUAGAUUGAAGAAUAACACGAAAAAAGGUGCAAGCGAACAAGUGCGAAUUUUUGGUGCUUCUGGAUCUAUUCGGACGGAGAUUAAUAAGAAGAACCGAAAGAAAGCCACAUAAAAAGAUCGCGAUCGUACAAACGCUGCUGGGAGUCCAAAUUGGUGAAAUAUGCGAAGCUGGAAAAAAUCGGCAAAUUCAAACGCAAGGAAUUUAAACAAUUGAAUCGCACCAAACGAAAAAUAUAUGUGAAUGGUGGUAAUCAUCGCGGGGCCAUUCUUUGCAACACCAGAGAAAGAGAAAGAUACCGCCGCGAAAGAUACGGAUAAUGGUUGCAUAACUUGAAACCAAAGCCAAUAAUUCGUCUCAAAAAACAGGAAAAAACUUGUAGAAAUCCGAAAGCACAGGAAAAUAAGUGUGUAAUACUAAAUCUGCUAUUGUGGACACGAAACAGGGAAACAUAAAAAAAGAAAGAAAGAAAAAUCAUACGUGUCGAAGUCGAAUUCCUGUUAUUUGAAAUUCGUGGAUCGGUUUGACGGCGGACAAAGAGAAUCAGAGGACAUCAUCAUCAUCAUCGAAACACGCGAAGGUCUCUUUUUUUCGCUCAAUCGCGCGUCUUGUUCGGUUUGGGGAUUAAAUUCGCGGUGUACGGUAAUUCUGCUCCGGAAUGGAUAGCGACAACAUGGGGGCUUCCUGCUACGGGGGAGGUGACAUUGCCGGUGCCAUCUUUGGAACGCUGUUUGCGAUCGUGCUGCUGGGCGUUUUGGCCUGGUGGCUCUGGAAGAAGGGCUACGUCCUGAAACAAAAAGCAGAUUCACAACUGGUCCCAGAAGACCCCGAAAGCAAGAAGGACGACUUCGCGUUCGAUAAUCCGGCCUUCAACAAAACGAGCGAUGGCGGCAACAACGCCAGCAAAACCAACUCCCCGUUGGAUCCCAGCUGGACAUCGUCAGCCAAACAGAACAGCCUGGACAAGCGGAAAACCGUGGACGAUAGCUGCGUACAGGCGGCCGCUCCCCGGCUGGUUUCGCUGCGCGGUUCCGACUUCACCGGGCUGGGAGUAGAAGUGUACGGCGGCCUCAAGGAGGGCAUUUUCGUGAAGAAAGUCAUGCCCCAGGGCCCGGCGGCUGGAUCCGUAAACCCAGGUGACAGAAUCACCAGUAUCACAAUCGAUUUCCGACACAUCGUCCAGGAAGAUGCCAUGACCAUCCUGAGCUACGCCUCGCCGUACAACGUGCAACUGGAGUGCGUAAGUGGCGAGAAACUCCCGCAGACCCAAAGCCCCAAGCCGGGACAUCAGGCCCUCACCCAUCCGCUUGUGCGAUCCAGCAGCCAGUCGGAUAUGAACACGAUUGAACGCAACUCCCGCAAGGAUGGCAAUUCUACGCUCAAGAUGGAACAGCAGAGUCCCACCACGGUGAACAAAGUGCUUCCAACGGUGCACAAAGAAAACGAAAAGGAACCCAAAAAGCACUCGUUCAAGCAACAGAUGAAGGAAAUGAUCGAGGAAAAGUUCCAAACCAAACAUGCCGAUGUGGAACGCAAGGAAUCCAACGCAGCCGAAGGCAAAAAGGGACACAAGUUCGGCAUUCGUGUGUUCCCACCGUCCGUGAACGACAAACUGUUCGGCAAGAGUCCCACCAAAGUGCAAGCCGACAAUGAGAACAACUCCAACAUCGAGAAAAAAGAAUCCACCGAAGUCAAGGAGAAGUCACCUUCGCCACCAGUUGUGAAGAAACGCACCAAGGAGCUCAAACCGGUACCGGACGUGAUCGUCGUUGAGUCCGCCAUCACCAACACUACCGCAAUGCCCACCGAAUUCCAGCGUCAGAACAGCCUGACUUCUAGUGGAAUCAAACGAGAUGCCGACGGAAUCCCGCAGGAGGUUCCCGGGUACAUGAUGCAAGCCGCAAACGCCGCCAAGGACAACCGCAAAUCGACUGCAGUCGAUUUGGACAACAAACGCAAAGGCAAAGCACCCAGACCACCACAAAACGAAAACGACAUGGACGAGAGUACAGCCACCAUGGACACAACGCUCAGCAUGGAAAUGACGGACGCUGUCAUGCAAAUCGAAGCCGAAGCGAAGAAGUUCAACCUUAGCGAUCGUAUGAACUUUUCGGAUAACUUUGCCGAAGAGGUACUGAACUGUACGAUCGAGAGCGUCUCCGGAAUCGACAAGUUCGAAGAGCAAGCACCCAGCAACAGCUCGACUCCGAAAAGCGAGCGCAAGAAGUCCUCGAUGACCGAGAGUAUGACGCACGAAGAACAUGACUCAGACACCGAGCAGGCGCCGAUGGGCAGUAACCAAAUCGAGUUGGAUUCCAGCGACAUCACCGUUCAUCAGAGCUCCCCGAGCCCGACGAACAGCGAAGAGAUGAUGGACGAUAGCAACCGACGCACAGCAAGUCUUGGAGACCUAUCAAAGCUGGAAACUCACACUUCCAACCCAGGAAGUACUACAAAUACCCUGGAACGGGCUCAAAGUAUGGAGAUUACUGGUGAUGUAGUGACAGUGGGAGGGGCCGGAGCAGUCAUAGUUGGUACAACGACAACUCCGACUACGAAGAAGCGUAAGGCAUCAAUUGAAGAUCAAGUUGAGAUGGAUUCGAAGGAGCCUAAAAUAUCGAUCGGACUGGACGGGUUGACUUCUUUGCAGCGUAACCGCUUGAAGGGAGCUUCCGCUUGGGGUAACCUGGAGGACGCCAUCAAUUCCGGUGAGCUGAUGAACAGCUCUUCGGAGAGUGAUCACUCGGCUCCUGCUCCAGCAGAAGAUGUUAUUGAAAAACAAGUUACCAUCAUUGGAAACGGUUUGGAUAAUGUGAAGGAGAUCGCUAUGGAGCAGUUGAUGGAAAUCAACACUACAGUCAUACAGAUGGUCAACGAAGAGGUUCCGAUGAAUGGGACCGUAGUCAGCACGGAGGAAGAGCCGAUGGUAGAGGAUUCUCAGCCAGAAAAGGUCGAAAUUGUAACCAUCGUGGAUAAGAUUGCCCCUGCGGUGAUCGUGGCAGAAGAAAGGAAAGUGGAGAUGAAGGAAAAUGAAAGGGAGCAUGUUUCGUUGACCACAAUCAAUAUGGACUACAAUGGAGUAUAUCCGACUGAGACGGAUGAGAGCAGCAAUAAAACCGACCACGUUAAGAUCGCUAACUACGACACCAACAUCCCAGAUGACGUCAAAGUAUCUCGUUAUCCAUUCGGAAGUCUGGAGCGACCAAAAUCUGAUGUGCUGAAGAAGCUUCUGGGACAGAAAGAAGAGCUGGAAAACACGCCAUCCGUGUUCAUUUCUGGUGACAACGAUUCCAACAAGAUAACGAUCGAAAACAACUACCACGAUGUUGGUGAGCCAAUCAGUCUUACUCUGGUCAACAGCACGGAAGACAUCCCAGUUGAAAAUGACCAAACCGAAAGUAGCCAGGCAUCACCGGUCUUCUCUAGCAAUACCAACGGAGUGAGCAGCAUCAACAUUUCUGCAUUGGAAACCGAUUUGGUCACAUCCUUGAACAACAAACCAUUCAUCGUUGCUCCCAAAUUUUCACUGGAUAAUAUUGUAACGAUUUCCACUGAAUCUUCGCAACCUUCGUCAAUCAUAUUGAUUGAUGACGAAAAGCUUGAUUUCAGUCUGCAAACAUUGGACGAUUUCGACGACAGCAUUGAAAACACCAUGGCUCCAGAAGUACAGCUGAAUUUCUCGUCAGAAACUAAUAAGACGGUCAUAGAAACCAAUCCACCGCCGAUUAUGGAGAAACCUAAAACACCAAACAGCUUUGUAACGGAAAUCACAGUCAAAACGCCCGAUGCAGAGCAGAAUGGAAAGCCAGAAGAACCGCCAAAGGUUACUAAGAAACCUCCCAAGCCGGAAAAGCCGACCACUCCUCCGUCCCGAAUUCCAGUCGAGAGAAGAAUGUCCAGCGAGCACAGUUUCAUUCCACGUAAUACGGAAAUUAAAUUCUCCACGGCCACGUACGAUUCCGGCAAAAGUCCCGAAAAGCGCCCUCUCGGCAUUGAUCAAAUCCGCUCGAACUUCGAACGCAGCAACUCCAAGCCAGACAUUCGGGUAUACGAACGGAGCAACUCGAAAACUGAAGUUCGGCCAUUCGAACGUAGCAACUCUAAAACCGACGUACGCCCAUUUGAACGCACCAACUCCAAGCCCGAUGUCCGCCCCUUCGAACGCAGCAAUUCCAAGACCGAAAUUCCGGUUCGCACAUUCGAACGAAGUAACUCUAAGACCGAUGUGAGACCCUUCGAAAGGAGCAACUCCAAAACGGAAAUCCCGGUUCGCACAUUCGAGAGAAGUAAUUCCAAAACCGAGAUCCCCGUUCGUACCUUCGAAAGAAGUAACUCGAAAACCGAGAUCCCCGUUCGUACAUUCGAACGCAGCAAUUCCAAAACGGAAAUUCCGGUCCGCACCUUUGAAAGAAGCAACUCGAAAACUGAAAUCCCCGUUCGCACCUUUGAAAGAAGCAACUCGAAAACCGAUGUACGAUCAGUGCUAGAGCGCAGCAACUCCAAAACGGAAAUCCCUGUGCUAAUCCGGCGAACCUCGAUCCCAUCGAUCAACCUGAACAACUCCAACACAGUCCACAGCAGCCCUCAACCCAUGACAAACGGCAACAGCAACGGUUCCAGCCCUCCGGCCACCAAAGCCAGUCCGUCGCGAAUUCCAGUCUUCCACUCGGUCGGCAAGCUGAACAACAGUCACGAAAGCCCACGAUCACCACCCCCAUUCGCCCACAACAACAACAACAAUAACAGCAACAUCAACAACAACCACAUCAACAACAAGGUUUCAGUCAGCAUUACCUCGAUCAAGAACCAGUCGAAACAUCCCAGCGGCAAGUUCAACGGCAACUAGAAGAGCCACUGACUGCCAAAUCAGGCGCCCCUCAAUAAGCAAUAGUGAGCGAGUGUGAAUACUACAAUGCUGAUUUUCAAAUGGUGCAAUUGAGAUGUCUACGAGAGUUUCCGAUCGAUCAUGAAUGGUUAGAGCCUAAGCUCCGAUAUAUUACCCCCUUGAAUCUAAUUCAGAAUGUAGUCGAACGCUAACAAUGAGAUCGCGGAUUAUAUCUUAUAGCUAGGAACGUAAGGCAUACAUUAUGUGUAAAAUGUAUAAUAACCAGAAAUUAUAAACGAGCGACCUAAGUGCUGGCAGCAACGUAGAAUACAGUGGAAAUGUUUGGCCAUAUUUACAAUUUAUUCUCAUUCUAUAUGUACUUGUAAAAAUAUACUUAUUAUGUACGCGCCAACCAAGUGAGCGCCCUUAAUAGACUAAGCAAGUGAAAUGGAAGAUAAAUGUUUGAAAUUUGUUGUUAAUUAUUUGUUAAACAAAGUCGAGGAACAGAAAUUACCAUAUAUAUUGGAUUCUCCGCAACGCAGAAUGCAACGAACACGACGUGACUUGGAGGGCCAAGUCACAGCGGCUUCCAACAACGGGAGAACUAUUUCAGUAACCAAUAAACGACCAUUAAAAAGACAGAUGUUUAUAGGCGUAGGUAUUUUAUAUUUUUUUAGGAAUAAUAAACAAAACUGAAUAAUAA